AUGAUGAUUCGUGCCGAGCUUGGGAUCUACUUUGUGAUCAUCACUUGUUACGCUGUUUAUGAGUUUUCAGGACUCAUAGCUUUUUCAGUUUCGAAAAGCCCCCGGCUUCUUGAAUGCUCAGCUUCGAGUUCAAUAGAUGGAAUUCUCGGAGAAUCUUGCAAGUUUUGUAAAGAAGAAGUUCAAGAUAUCAGAGAUUUUCAAUGCCAGAAGUUUGAAAACUACAAAGAGCAGCGGAAGUUACUGUCAAAGCGGAAAGAAAUAACAACAACAGCUGCACCUGAAUUUAUUACUGUUUGCGAUGAACGACUUUGUAGAAAGAUUCCAGCUCCAAGGAUCAGGCUCAAACAAUUCGGAGGAGACGAAAUUCCAGUUAUUCCAAAUUUCAAUCUCGCUGGUCUUUCACCAGAAGACGAGCAGCAAGAUGUCUUUCUGUUUUGCAAUAGAACGCAGCUAAAAAAUCCAAUAGAUAUUGUGCUGCAAUCGAUACCAGAUGAUAUUCAAAGCUAUCUUGUGCAGAGCUGUAAAGAAGAAUUGCCAAAAUGCUUUUGCAUCACGAGACCGAUUCUCAAACUUGUCAAUUUCUUCAUCUUUUUGAUGCCGAUUUCGUUUUUGCUAGUGAAAACCGACGCCAAUUCUAUUCCAAUCAAAAUGACAGACGCCGUUGCGAUUAAACUUGCUGCCCUCGAAAAUGAGUUCCACCCAUUCACGGUCAAAUAUCGAAACCUCGUCCAAUUCAUCUAUGCCGGCUCCAUGAGAUGGUUCAUUUUCUACAUCUUCCUUGCUUCGCUAAAAGAAAUCGUCAUCCACACAGAAGUUCAGUUCGCAGCGCCUCUUUGGGUUCAUAAAUGCAGAGGAUGGGAUUUGUUAUUCGCGCUUGUCGGAUUAAUAAGGGUCGGGGUAGUUUACUUGCGACUUGAUGCUGUUGUUUCGACUGCCAAACCAAAUGGUUCUUUCGUGGCUCCGACAAGCAUUUCGAAGGAAAAUCGCAAGAAAAAAUUCCUGGACAGCACCAUUAUUAUUUCCCUGAUCAUUAUGUUUUUCUAUAACAUCCUUCAUCUCGUAUUAGCGGGGUCUGCAAUGAGCAUCAGCUCUUGUAUCUUUCAUCGAGAACAUCGAGCUGAAAUGACGAGACAUCAAUGGUAUUUCGAGCCGCUUACAAAAGUCAUUAUGGAAAAGGGAGUCGAGCCAUGCCAAAUUUAUAUGGGAGCGUUGGUUAUUUUCAUUAUUCUCCCAAUUCUUUGCUGUCUUUGGCUAAUUUUUGAAACUGGAAAAGCAGUUUAUAUUUCUUCGAGUCAAUCUUCGUUGGAAAAGGACAACAUCGAUGGAUUCCGAAUAACCAUGGACAGCGCUCCCAGCUCAACAAGAACCAGCAGCUCUGAGGAACCUACGCUUUAUGAAAAUUUCUGA